AUGGAGAAAGGGCUGAAGUUAUCAGCCAAGGCUGAUUCGCUUGCAGUAGAUGAAAUUGAAUUCAGGCAACUAGUAGGCAGCCUCAUCUACCUCACUGCCACUAGACCUGACAUCUGUUUUGCUGUCAGCUACAUCUCUCGCUUCAUGACAGCCCCAAAAGCUGAUCAUUGGAUUGCAGCGAAGCCAGUGUUGAGAUAUGUGAAAGGCACUUCAGACUAUGGCAUUUUGUAUGGCAGGUGCAACGAUCCAAAGCUGAUUGGUUAUACUGACUUAGAUUGGGCCGGAUCAGUGGAUGACAGAAAAUCCACUUCUUGGUACGUAUUCCGUUUGGGUACUAGUGUCGUCACUUGGAGCAGCAAGAAGCAACGGAUUGUGGCUCUUUCCUCGACCGAAGCUGAAUACCGAGGAACAGUCAAGGCCGCAUGUGAGACAGUUUGGCUCCGAAGGAUGCUUUCUGACAUGCAGAUGCCGCAAGCAAAAUCCUCGCUGAAAAGAGGUGCUAAAUAUUUCAAACUGCGCGGCGUUACAUACAUAAAGUCAGGCAGAUCACAAAAAGCAGAAGAAAUUUCGCGUAAUGGAGGUCGACGAAAUUGA